CCCAGUAUUCCGGACGGGAAUGGGCGUCGUGGUUCUGCUUGAGAGGGCUGAAGGCGGCGGUGCCGCUGGCUGCGUCACGGCCGGGCUGCACGUCAGAGUCGCCGUCCUCAUUUCAGAUCUGCUUGGUAAACCCGGUGUACCACCAUGCUGGCGUCAAGGCUUGUGUGUCUCCGGACACUACCUUCCAGGGUUUUCCACCCAACUUUCACCAAGGCCUCCCCUGUUGUGAAGAAUUCCAUCCUAAAGAAUCAGUGGCUCUUAACACCCAGCAGGGAAUAUGCCACCAAGACAAGAAUGGGGGUCCGGCGUGGGAAAACUGGCCAAGAACUCAAAGAGGCAGCAUUGGAACCAUCAGUGGAAAAAAUAUUUAAAAUUGAUCAAAUGGGAAGAUGGUUUGUUGCUGGAGGGGCAGCUGUUGGUCUUGGAGCAUUAUGCUACUAUGGCUUGGGAAUGUCUAAUGAGAUUGGAGCUAUUGAAAAGGCUGUAAUUUGGCCUCAGUAUGUGAGGGAUAGAAUUCAUUCUACCUAUAUGUACUUAGCAGGAAGUAUUGGUUUAACAGCUUUGUCUGCAGUGGCAAUAAGCAGAACUCCUGCUAUAAUGAACUUCAUGAUGAGAGGCUCUUGGGUGACAAUUGGUGCCACCUUUGCUGCCAUGAUUGGAGCUGGAAUGCUGGUUCGGUCAAUACCGUAUGACCAAAGCCCAGGCCCAAAGCAUCUUGCUUGGAUGCUGCAUUCUGGUGUGAUGGGUGCAGUGGUGGCUCCUCUGACAAUAUUAGGAGGGCCUCUUCUCAUCAGAGCGGCGUGGUAUACAGCUGGCAUUGUGGGAGGCCUCUCCACUGUGGCCAUGUGUGCGCCCAGUGAGAAGUUUCUGAACAUGGGAGCACCCCUGGGAGUGGGCCUGGGUCUUGUCUUUGUGUCCUCACUGGGAUCUAUGUUUCUUCCACCUACCACUGUGGCUGGUGCCACUCUGUACUCAGUGGCAAUGUAUGGUGGAUUAGUUCUUUUCAGCAUGUUCCUCCUGUAUGAUACCCAGAAAAUAAUCAAGCGAGCAGAAAUAACACCAAUGUAUGGAGUUCAAAACUAUGAUCCCAUCAAUGCAAUGCUGGCAGUCUACAUGGAUACAUUAAAUAUAUUUAUGCGAGUUGCAACUAUGCUAGCAACUGGAGGCAACCGAAAGAAAUGAAGUGACUCAACUUCUGGCUUCUCUCCUACAUCAGAUAUCUUGCUUGUUUGAUAGGACAGAUAUUCAUUAAGUAGUUUGUACAAGCAGCUUUUGUUGAAGUUUAGAAGAUAAGAACAUAUCAACGUGUUUUAAAAUGUUCCAGUAAUGUGAUGCUUCAGGUCUGCUUUUUCUUCUGGAGAAUAAAUUCAGUAGUUCUCAUCCAAAUAAGCACACA